GACAACAGAUACUCAUAUAGACAAUAUGGCGCCUGUAUGGCGCUUAUGUCAGUAGCUGGUAGCUUUACAUAUCAAUGUUUUUUAAUUGGUUUUUGCUAGAUUUUUAGAAUAUAAUUAUUUAAAAAAUAGUAUUAUCUUUUAUUUAUUAUGUCUGUGAAUAAUUUAUCGUCAGUCCUAAAAUCUUGUUCGGAAAGUGAACUAAUAAGUGAAAUAGCGGAAGCGAAUAUGACACCAAAACAGGUAGAAGGAUCCCGAUUAAAGCGUACUUUUACCUUGCCUCGUAAUCCCUUUGGGACCUCCAAGCCUAGCUCGAGCAAAAACAAGACAGCUGACAAUGAUUAUAAGCCAACAAGCGCAAAUUCUGUAAUUAAUGUUACGCAAAAGGAUGAGGGUGGCUUGGAAAGGAAAUUGUUUAGAAGGCCGUCAUGGAAAAUAUUCCUUAAUAAGAUCGCUCAACACAUGAGUACUGUUAGCGUGUCUGGUGUUAAAUCUGGACCAGUUGUUGUCAACAGUGAGAGAGUACCAUGUACUGGUGAGCCCCCAUGGCCACCGGGAACUAUUCCAGCCGCUACUGGCAUCAAAAAUCAUGGGAAUACUUGCUAUAUGAAUGCUGUUCUACAGUGCCUUUCACAUACUGAUGUUAUUGCUGAGUAUUUUGUUUUAGAACAUUAUAAGGUUGAUUUACAAAAGAGAAACAAAAUAAACUCCAAAAAGUAUGGAACUAAAGGUGAAGUGACGGACCAGUUAGCAGCUCUAUUAAAAGCUUUGUGGGCAUGUCGCUAUACACCAGAUAUGAGUACAACAUUCAAGGCAGCAGUGGAAAGGCAUGGAACACAAUACAGAGGGAACAGUCAACAUGAUGCGCAGGAAUUUCUUUUUUGGUUGCUUGAUAAAGUUCACGAGGAUCUAAAUACAGCUACAAAGAAAAAAUAUAAAACGAUUAAAAAUACUGUUGGCAAGUCUGAUGAAGUUGUGGCAGCGGAAACUUUAGCUAAUCACGCUCGGAGGAAUAGCUCCUUUGUACAAGCUGUUUUUCAAGCUCAGUACAGGUCAGCACUCACAUGUGCAAAGUGUGAGCGAACAUCCUGCACGUUUGAUCCAUUUCACUGUGUAAGCGUUCAAUUGCCUACCCGACCAGCAGCUGCUCAACCAUCUCCUUUGCCUGUUAAUGUAGUAUAUGUAAAUCAGCAACCUCGACAAGUGCGUAUUGGUGUGGAGUUGCCUCCAAACUCAACAAUGGACGACCUUCGAACAUCAUUGCACACUGACACUGGGAUUGAUAGAGAUCAUAUUAUAUUAGCUGAGAUCAAUGAAAAUGGUUGGAGCCCGGGGCGUGCGGCGUGGGAGUCUGCGGGGGUGGAGGGCGGAGCCCUAUACUGUGUGGAGGCGCCGCCGCUACUGACGUCACCGACCGCGCCCUACUUGCUGCUGCUGUGGGUCAACAUGCUCGAAGGGGAGAGGUUCGGCUCUCCAUACGCGAUGCAAGUGCCACGCGAAAUAUCGUACGAAGAUCUUCAGAAGCUGAUGCUAAAGGAGAUGUGCCAGGUGGUGGCGGAGCGAGUACUUGAGAACGCUCAGGGAGCUGAUAUCUUCAAAGCUAGAAUUGCAGAGGCUCACCGACCAAGAGACUCCGCGUAUUUGCAACCCGAGUUACCGCAUCCAUUGUUUGCUCUGGACGUAGAGCAAGCACUGUGUGCUCACGACAAGUAUCCGCACUUACGUCUCGAACUACUCUGGGAUCCUGCUCACAGAGACAGCAUUAUCCGCGAAGCAGGCGAUGCGUGUGAAGUGCACGUGUCGGCGGCCGCCAGCCCGCUCACGCUGCACGCCUGCCUGGCGCACUACACGCGCGCCGAGCACCUGGCGCAGGAGGACGCCUGGAGGUGCCCUCAAUGUCAGAGAUACAUGCCUGUUGUGAAAACUCUUGGUCUAUGGUCUCUUCCCGACAUUUUAGUUAUACAUCUAAAGAGAUUUCGACAACAAGCUAAAGGCCGUACAAGUACAAAACUCACGACGAUGGUAGAAUUUCCAAUCGACGAUUUCGACAUGACUCCCCACCUCGUAAGAAGAAACCCACCUAAUGUUGAGUCGCCGAGUCACUCGCGAUCUCCACGUCGAAGGCACUCCAAGACCCCCACCAAACCCCAAGAGAAUAUUUACGACCUCUAUGCUAUUUGUUACCAUCACGGUGAUGAUUUAGAAACGGGUCAUUAUACAGCAGCUUGUAAAAAUCCAUACGACGGUCACUGGUACAAGUUCGAUGAUUCCAGAGUUACGCCUGUCGACGAUGAAAAUAUUUACAGCGAGCUUGUUAAUAAUUCGGCCUACAUGUUGUUUUAUAAACGUAAAAAACCUAAUGUUGUACAUUCUUGUUCCACGGAAGAGGGAGGGCAUUGGGCUUUGAGGAUGCCAAAGUUUGUAAAACUAUCGGAUAAUCUGAAUGAAAUAACUGAACUUAAGGAGGAAAUAAUCAAAGACUCGAACGAAAAAUUGAGUAAUGCUGAAUCUAACCUCGAUAGCGCAACGAGAUUUAACCCAUCGCCCUCUAGAAGUAUUUCGAAUAUUCUAGAGGACAAAAUAGAAUCUAGUCCGGUUCGGGCGGCAAACGUCAUACCUACUACGACGUCAAUUAUCCAAUCUCCCACCAUCCAGCGACCUCUAAUCGUCGAAGUGAACUAUGAUGCUACAAACGGCGAUUUGAGUGACUAUGAAAACGAAUCGAGCUUGUCCAUAGAGCCUUAUAUUCACAAAGACGUUCAUGUGAAUCCUAAAAUGACUCCCGUGGACACGAGGAGGCCACGUUCGGUCGAUUACCCGACAAGGUCCAGUACGUCACCUUCGUCUAGAGAUUCUAAUAGGAAUUACGAGAGCUCACCUUUGGUAGCCAGUAUUAAUGAAGUCGAAUAUCACCCCACUACCGAAGAUUUAAUGUUAUCGAUGUUCCAAGAGUCCAAGUACAUCGUGCCCAGGCAUCACAUCGCCGGGGAAACUCACAGGACAGGUGAGAAGUCUUCCGUAUGGAAAACUCGAAUAUCCACAUGAGAGCAGCUUAUAACCGUUGUAUUGUAUAAAAAGUCUUUAACCUUAUUUAUUUUAAAUGUACUCCUAGAUCUGAGGAUUCCGUAUAGUUGACCGUUAUGUUGUUUUAAAUUGUAUAUUUAUAGCUAGGAAUAUUUUGUUAAAAUAAAUAUAUAUGGGAUAAUAGAUUUAUAAAUAUUGUCAAGUUGGCGAGUUCUUUUCAAAACUACUUUUACAAAAGUACUGUAAUACGAUCUAUGCGAUUCGAUGCGAUGUAACGAAUUAUGAACUUUUAUAUAAUCACUUUUUAGAUAAGAAAGCCCAAUUUGUGUGUUAUUAUUUCAAAAUAUAUUUUAUCGAAUAUGAUUUAUGUGCGAAGUGCUAGAAACUCCUUAUUGAAAACAAUCCCAGAUUACAUCAUAUUCUACUCGAAAUUUAGUUGAAUAAAGCUAGGUAUAGGAUGUGAGUACAUUGUUCUUAUGUAUAGUUUAGCAAUAGUCAGUAGUGAUUAAAGACAUAAAAGAGUUUUGUCAUUACAAUACCACACUUGUGCCUUGGCUCUAGGGUGUUAAUUUGUUACUAUAACUUAUACAAUGUACGAUACGAUUUUCCGACGUAUGAAAAUGCAUUAUUAAAACAAUAAAGCUGAUGGAUUUGUUUGCUUCAAUGCGCUGAUCUCAGACGGUACUGGUUCGAACUGAAAAAUUCCUUCUGUGUUGGAUAACCUAUUUACCGAGAAAGGCUAUUAUAGGCUAUGUAAUAUUUUAGUACGUUUUUUUUUUAAAUUAACGCUAACGAAACACUGGAGUACCAGCUAGUGAUGUAAGAAUUAUAAAACAUGUCAUAGACAUGGACUUAAUAUGGGCUGAAUACCAGAUACGAUUAAUUUUAUACUUAUUGAAAAUAAUAUAUAUGUUAAAGAGUAUGAAAAUUCUGCAAUGUGUCUCGAGUUCUCCUACAGUUGUAGGAGACAAGUUUAUGACCAUAGAUUAAAGGCUUACGAUAAAAUAUUUUGCAAAUUACAUAUAACUUUAGAAUCAUAUGAUUAUAUGUAAAAUAUUGUAAAUAUAUACGGGGCUUUGUAAUUUGAUUAUAAUAUACAUAUUAUAGAUAAUUAUACUUUUUAUACCAAAUGAUAUUCUUUCGUUCAAUAAACAUCUUUUUAUGUAAA